UGAACCACCGCCGUACGAGCAAAGAUGGCAGCUACCAGGUACAGAUACUCGGCUGUGCUGCUUCUAAUUUGCAGUUUCUCCGUGUUGGUGGUCGCAGACAGUCUAGAGACGACACAGACGAGUGACCACCAUGCCACUGCGGUCGAUGAUCCGCAAACAGCCGCAAAAGCAGCGGAACAAACAGCUCAGCAGCCCGCGGUGGAGGAGAGGCGAUGGGAAGCAACCGAGGUUAAAGAGGCGACUCCGGAGGAUGCUGCAGCCGACAAACAGGACACUCCUGCCCCUACAACCUCGGCCACCUCCUCGGUACCUCAGCCUAAAGACGAUUUCCAGGAGGAGCUGGUCAUCAGACCGCUGCACUCAGGGGAUAUUUAUGCCAGUUUCCAGUUCCGCACCCUGUGGGAGACUGACUUCAUGACAGGAAGCAAAGUGUCCCACUACCGGCUCUUUCCCAAGUCUCUGGGCCAGGUCAUCUCCAAGUUCUCAGUGCGAGAGCUGCACAUCUCCUUCACGCAGGGUUACUGGCGGACCAUGCAGUGGGGGCAGCCCUUUCUGCCGGCCCCUCCUGGGGCUGAGCUCUGGGUCUGGUUCCAGGACUCUGUGACAGAUGUGGAUGGCACGUGGAAGGAGCUGACGAAUGUUUUGUCGGGGAUCUUCUGCGCUUCGCUGAACUUCAUUGACUCCACCAACACUGUUCAGCCCAGUGCGUCCUUCAAACCACUGGGUAUCAGCAACGUGACGGACCACCGCUUCCUUCGCUAUGCCACCCUACCCCGAGAGAUUGUUUGCACUGAGAAUUUGACGCCCUGGAAGAAACUCCUGCCAUGUGGAUCCAAGGCUGGUCUCGCUGUCCUGUUAAAGUCGGAGAAACUCUUCCACAGCAGUUUUCAUUCCCAGGCAGUGCACAUCAGACCAGUGUGUCAGGACUGGCAGUGCAAAACCACAUCCUGGGAGCUCAGACAGACACUGAAUGUGGUCUUUGACCUGCACACCCCUGGACAGGGAAAACGAGAGUGGUCUCUGUUUAAGAUGUUCUCUCGGACCCUGACAGAAGCUUGUCCACUGGCCUCCUCAAGUAAAAUCUACAUAGACAUCACAGACAACCCUCAGGGGGAGCAGUUUGAGCUGAGCCCGGCCACUCACCUGCUGAGCCAGGCAGUGGUGCUCGGGGACAGACGAACCUUCUCCGUCUACGAUCUGACCCAACAAGUCACCUUUGGCACGGUGCGCUCGCUCAACCUGCUGAUCCGCUGGAAAUCCAGUGAGGGUGAAAUGCUGCGUCCCCUGCUCCACGCUGAGCGCUACGUGGCCGGCUACGGGCUGCAGACCGGAGAGAUUCACACACUGAUGUACAACAACCACCCCUACAGGUCUUUCCCUGUGCUGCUGCUGGACUCUGUGCCUUGGUACCUUCGUCUCUACAUCCACACGCUCACUGUGACCAGCAAGGGGAAGGACAACAAGCCCAGCUACAUCCACUACCAGCCGUCAAAGGACCGCGUGAGGCCGCACCUGCUGGAGAUGCUGGUCCAGCUCCCUCCCAACUCUGUCACAGAGGUCACAGUGCAGUUUGAGAGAGCUCUGCUCAAGUGGACUGAAUACACCCCUGACCCCAACCACGGCUUCUAUGUCGGAUCUUCAGUAAUCAGCUCUCUUGUACCAAGUAUUGUCGCCAUGGAUACAAACAGCACUCAGGAACGACCACUUUUCAGCAGCUUUUUUCCCUGUAAAGAGGAGUCGACCUACUUCGUGCGUGUCUACACAGAGCCUCUGCUGGUCAACCUGCCAACUCCAGACUUCAGCAUGCCUUAUAAUGUCAUCUGCCUGACCUGCACUGUGGUGGCUGUGGGUUACGGCUCCCUCUACAACUUACUGACCCGGAGCUUCCAGAUAGAAGAGCCCAGCCCGGGACUGGCCAAGAGGCUAGCCAACAUCAUCCGCAAGAUGAGGGGCGUGCCGCCACUCUGAGGCUGGACACGGAUGCCUGCUGGCUCUACUUUUAGAAAGGAAGUUUUCCUUUUGGUGAAACCACUGGUAAACAUGUGAUAUUCAGGGAAGAACUGAGUCAAGCACUGGUAUGGAUGUUUUUGAAAUAGUCAACUUGAAGGCUUUUUUUUAAAGGGAAGAAGACAAAUUAUUCUUUUGAACAUGAAUAUAUUCAGGAUUGUUUCCUGCUGGCUAAGGAUGAGAAAAUAUAGACAUUUCUCUACUUGGAUGGAAAUAAGGAACUAAAUCUGUGCAGUAUGCUGCUAUGGUAACUGCAUCAGUGUUUGGAUUUGAUUGUUUUUGGUUUUUUUGGAUGUCUGAAGUCAUAACUCUGCUACAUCAUAAUACAGCCACAGUGUCUCUGAGACAUUUUGUUGCUAUGGGUGGUAAAAUGUUAUUAUAAAUAUGAGAAUGACGGCCUUACACAGCAUCACAAAGAGCUAAAAUAGAAAGAAAAGAUUACCUUUGUUCUCGAACUGCAUUCCUGACCUGUUGAUUGCUAUCCUCCUGUCGGAAAAGAAAGAAUAAAAUUACUAUAUGAGUCAGAGAUUCUCACUCAGACUGUCACAUUUCCUGAAACGGCAGUUUUGACUGGAUAUCAAAUAACUCUAAAAAGUCCAACAAAGAACUAAGAUAGCCUCAAAGUCCAGCUAUGGGCCAUCCCAUGAUAUGUCCUUUUUAUUUAAGUUAUCUUACACAUAUUUUGUAGGACUUUUAAUAUACGAGAAAAGAAGAAAUGCCCAUAAAAAAUACUGAAAGUUACCAAUCCAUCAUUUUUCAAAAAUUUUACAAGCGAUGUUAUUACUUGCCUGAAACUACUUGUUCUAUAUAAAAGGAGAAACCCUCUUACCAAACAUUUAUUUUGCACUUGUUGGUUGUUGGAUGCAUGCUUGAAUGUUAAAAGAUUACUUCACUAACAAAAAGACCAUUUGUGUAUCAGUCACUCACACUAUGUUACGCUUAAUUUGUGAAGAAAACCGUUUUUCUCACAUUCUUCCACAGUGAACGGAGAAUCCAAAAACAUACUUUGUUAAUUGAAAUAAAAGGGGACUGUGUUUAACAACACAUAUUAACAAAUAUCAAAACAUCUGUUGACAAACUGUCACACAGCAUUUUUUUUCUAAAAAUGCGUGCGUUUAGCAAAUACUGAGCCUGCAAUACUGAUCAUCAAUGAAAAAAAAACAAACCUAAGCUUACGAGUGGCGCGCCCUGAGCGUAUGUGCAUGCCAAGACACGCUACUCAGCCAUACAUUUGACUGUUUGUACCGUGUGUUUUAAAUCAUAAUGUUUAAGUGAAGAUGCAUGUUUUCGGGAAGCACUGAACACAUGACUGGAUAAAUGAGACUUUGAUUAUACUGCAGGAGCUGUGAGUUUGUAAACAUGUUUUAAUGUGGCUUUGCAAUUGUUAUACACGGCCCCCGUUUACUUCAAUUCAUGAGGAAUGCUCGCUUUUUUUGGAUUCUCCAUUCACCAUUCAAAGCAUGUUAGAGGAACAUAGUUUUCUUUGCAAAUUUAAUGUAACACAAGGUCAGUAACUGAUAUACAAAUGGUCAUUUUGCAGCGAUGUAUUCCUUUAAAUGUGAUUGUCAGCAGAUAUCUUCAUAAUCAUUUGCCUUUAAUUUGUCAGGUCAUUAAUUCACUCAUCAGUUCAAUGCAGUUUCAGUGUCUUAUUUAUAGAGAAUUGAGGUCUGUUAUAAUGGAAAGUACCAUAACCCUGCCAUUAAAUACUUUCAUACAUCUGUUGAACUCUUUACCUGAACAAUCCUUUAUGUUCAUCUGCCUAAAAGUCCAUUCUGGUUCACUUAUGAGUGAACUUGAGUAUUUAAAGCAGUACUGUUUGUGUGUUUUAUGCCUUUUCAAUAAACCGUUACAUCCCCUCGCCA